AUGCCCGUAUACCCCAUCCGUCGCAGACCGCGCGAGUGUAAAACAUGCCUCCAGUGUCGUGCAAGUAAGGUCCGUUGCGAUCGCAAUGUGCCCUGCAGCAACUGCGUCAAACGCGGCUUUGAUUGCACCUACGGUCGUCCUCCUCCGUCCGCCCCAAAACCACCGUCUGUCGUGUCCGAGACCUUUGUUUCUCCAGCUCCCCAAGCGACGCUGACCCCUGUCCCACCACCAAAUACCUCCCCGGCUUACUCUACGAAUAAUCACGAUGUAGCCUACGGCGGUAAUUCCGCGCUCGAGGACCCCAACUCCGACACUGUCUCGGUAUCUCACUUCGAGUGGGAGGAGAUCAAUUCUAAAAUGCGGGAUAUGGAGAAAAUAAUAUCCAGCUUGAAGGCUCUGUUCCAGGCGCAUUCAGCAGCUCCGCCACGGAAGCUUACUGAUCCUCGGCCAGAUGUCUCGCCAGGUGACCAGGGCCAGUCGCCGUCGGUGCAAAGCAGUGUUUACGGGCCAACCACCUUGCAAACAGGGUCGGUUCAUAUUGGAUCUCGGUCUGCGCUGGUUGAUAUUUUGGAUAAAUCGGAUGGAUUGGCAGAUACCGCGCAGGUGUUGCCAAAAGAUGACUUGCUUACCGAGCUGGCCUUGGGAAAUGAGUCGGCUGCUUACCCGUUUGUUGAUCUCUGGUCGUCGGACCCGUAUACCUUUAAUAUCGGAGGUGUUUGUGACGUUUUGCCGGACGAUACCCAGUGUUUGAAGCUCCUGAGUUUUUAUAAAGAUAUCGGCAAUGUGCUGUAUCCGGUGCUCCCAGACAUGAAUCAGCUGGAGACGAACAUGAGGCGGUUGCUGGAAGGCCGGAAGCAGGCUGGAGGGGUCUAUCGACCGGAUCCGAAUGGCUUGGUGAAACCGUUCGGCAUGAGUAUCGCUUUUUUGAGCUUGUGCUUUGCCGUCCUGGCGUCGGGGAGCCAACUUUCCGAUCUGUCGGGAAUCGAACGGGAAAUGACCUCCUGGGUUUAUGUUUCUUGCUCGUAUCAGUGUUUGCGGAUGCUGAAUUAUGUUUCGCAGCCCACGGUGGAGGUCAUUCAGAUUCUCUUGAUCAUCAGCAGUGUUCUGUCGUACAAUAUGAACGCUGGCGCGUCUUAUACCUUGCUGGGGAUGACGGAGCGGAUGUGCAUGGUUCUUGGACUUCAUGUUGAGACACCAGGCUAUCCACCUGUGUUCCAGGAAGCUCGGAGGAGAGUCUGGUGGGCUAUGGCCUUUCAGAACAGCCACUUUUCCUUAGCGUAUGAUCGGCCCUCAAUCACCAUGAUCAGCCAACCCGAGAUUCCCUAUGAUCCCAAGUCCAUGCCGGGUCAUCGAUCGUAUUUCGAGACGCUCUCUCGCAUCAUUUUGAUCGUGCUUGAGAUGCUCCGCGAACUGAUGAUGUCGCACCACUCCCACCUUCGACCUCAUGAGAUCCGCGACCAUAUCCAUCGAAUCGAGCGCGUCAUUGCCGAGGCCGCGCCGCACCUGCGAUCCAAGGAACGUUGCCAUACCAUGGCGGAUAAUAUCCAGCGGGCCGAGUUACGGUUACACUCGUCAUACUAUAUCUCCGUGAUGUGCCGGGUCUCGCUGGAUCCCGAGGCAUCCUUGGAUAAGCCGCAGCGCGCGAUCAUCCGCCAUGACUGUCUCACCAACCUGAUCGGCACGAUCGAGGCGUUUAUUGAACUGCACGACAUUAGCCCGUACGCGUCCCGUACGUGGAUUAGUGCGCAGCGGACGAUCGCGUCCACGUUUCUUUUAAUUGCCAACACGAACGACCAGCUGCGCCCGAAGACCUGGGAUCUGGUGCAGCGCCUGGAGAAGGUGCUGGUAGAUCACGUGAACUCCGACAAAGACGCCAACUUCAACAGCCGGACCGAGUCGGCCAAACAUCUCUCGUCGUCGCUGCAGGCGCUGCGUGAAGUGAGUGCGGCAUUGCGCGCAAACAAGGGACCGGCCCCCGCCGCGAACCCGACGAAACACGAUCCUCUUACGCCGGGGAUAUCUCCCGCGACCACGUUGCCGUCCCCGCUUCUCCCCAACCUCCUGGCCUCGAUGGCGCCGUACACGGAAGCAUAUGGCAUCCCUUUAGAGGACGAACAUCUGGGCAAUAUUCUGAACCAGGUGUCGGAUGUCAUGCUGUUCCCGAGUUUGAACAUAGGCAAUCCAUGA